AAACCCUUAUUUUUUCCUCUUCCCCACCAAAUUGACUCCACACAUAUACACGCAUAACACAUACGCUCAACUUUUCCUUCUCCAAAAAGGCUGUUGAUUUCGACCAUCAGCUGAAGAUUUUGGUAAAGUUUAAAGGGACUUUUGCUCACUCAAGCCUCAAGCAUCAGAGUAAAAUCGAUGGCGGUCUCUAGCACAAAUGAUUUUCAGGCCAAAGUUGAGAAAAGUUAUGACAAAAUGAGUGAGUUAAAAGCCUUUGAUGAUACUAAGGCUGGUGUCAAAGGUCUUGUUGAUUCUGGAAUUGCUGAAGUGCCUCGAAUAUUCGUUCUGCCUCCAAAACACAGGGCGGAAUUCUCGGAAGCAAGUGAAACACGGUUCACUUUUCCAGUGAUAGACCUCGAAGGUAUUGACAAGGAUCCAAUCAAGCGUAAAGAGAUUGUGGACAAAGUUCGAGAUGCAUCGGAGACAUGGGGUUUCUUUCAAGUGGUUAAUCAUGGCAUUCCAACAUCCGUCCUGGACAAAACCUUACAAGGAACACGACAGUUUUUCGAGCAAGAUACCGAGGUUAAGAAACAGUAUUACACUCGAGAUACUACGAAAAGGGUGAUUUAUGCUAGCAAUCUUGAUUUGUAUAGCCCUCGUGUUCCUGCUGCAAGUUGGAGAGACUCGAUUUUCUGUUUCGUGGCUCCUAAUCCUCCCAGUCCGGAAGAAUUUCCAACAGCCUGCAGGGAAAUAAUAAUGGAUUACUCCAAGGAUGUGAUGAAAUUGGGGUUCUCCUUGCUUGAAUUAUUGUCCGAAGGUCUCGGACUCAAUCGUAGUUAUCUCAAAGAUUAUAUGGAUUGUUGUCAUGUGAGUUAUUCGUGCAAUUACUAUCCACCGUGCCCUCAGCCAGAACUAACGAUGGGAACCAUUCAACAUUCCGAUGUUGAUCUUGUCACGGUUCUUCUACAAGAUCAUAUCGGAGGACUUCAGGUUCUUCACCAGAAUCAAUGGGUUAAUGCUCCUCCUAUACCCGGUGCUCUUGUGGUAAACAUUGGAGAUUUUCUGCAGCUCUUGUCAAAUGACAAGUACAUAAGUGUUGAGCACAGGGCAAUUUCAAACAAAGAUGAAUCAAGAAUGUCAAUUGCUUGCUUCUUCGGUGAAAGUCCAUGGCAAUCUACCAAGCUGUAUGGACCAAUUACUGAAUUGUUAUCAGAAGAUAAUCCUCCAAAAUAUCGUUCAACAACAGUUAUCGACUACACUAAGUACGUCCAUAGUAGAGGCCUAGAUGGAACUUCUGCAUUGCUGCGUUACAAGAUCUAAUCAUGGAAGUUUAGAUUCUGUAGUGAAGCAGAUUGGAAGUUCCAUCAAGUCCCUUGUGGCUGAAAUAAUCAUAGAAGUCCUUCAAUGUCGUCGCAUGAUACUUUGGAGGAUCGUCUUCUGAUAGCAGCUCGUCAUACUUUUAAGUGAAUUAAUUUCAACCUCAAAAUCACAAGCCCACUCUCACAACAAAGAGUGCACUACACACGCGUCAUAUCAUUGUCAAAUCAGUGUCACAUCAGUGUCAUGUCAUUGCCACGUAAUAAAUUAUAAUUUUUUUUUAAAAGAAAUAAUCUCACACA